CCAACGACGAAAGCUCCGUACAGUUGAAGCUUCGCAGUUUAUCGCCGGAAACGGAAGGCGACUUAUACAUUUCGCGUUUCGAAUUUUUCGUAGUUACGGUCUCGAAUUUAAUUAGGUUGAAAAUUAGGGAAAUCGCCUCGAGUAAAGGAUGUUUCGUUUAAUCAUCUCCGGGAUUGGAUUUUUAUUAAUAAUAACAUUCUCUGUGGUGAUCUGCGAAGAUUUACUCCUUCAAACGGUGGCCUCAUCAUCACUUAAACCCUCAACAUCAACAACAGAAUUAUCCCCAUUCUCUUUAUCGGCGAAUACGUGUUUAGAAUGCGAAACGAGUGUUCAAAAAGCGCUCGCUUGGUUGGUUUCGCAACGAGAACCCGAUUAUGGGUGGAGAAAUGAUACCCCAAAAGUAAUCACAACGUUACAAUUAAUCCAAUCGAACGAUGAUCUCAAAGGAUUACUCCCUUCGAGCGUUGAGAUGCAACUUUCAUCCAAACAAAUGGAGGUUGAAAUCGUUGUGUUGUUGUGGAGGCACCACGAAAUUCCGGUCACCCCACCGAAAUUAGCGCAAUAUUCGUUAGCUUUGAGUGCUUUAUGCGAGGAUCCAAGACAAUUCCAUGGACACGAUUUAAUCGGGACUUUGCAACAUCAUGAAUCAACCCACGAUUUAGAUUUUGCUUACGCAAGUUUGGCAGUUUGCAGCGCAAAAGCCCAUUUGAGAAAGAAACAAAUAAGGAGGCUACUAGAUAUCGCCAGUAACGCAAAAGAUCAUAACAUUGAUACUUUGGCGAUGACAAUUUUGGCUCUAAGAUGCAUAGUUCGCGAUCACCGCCACAGAAAUCUCCAACAUUCGUUAAAACGCCCCGGAAUGAGCUUAGCGAGGCAACAAUUACCCGACGGGAGUUUCGGGAACUUAUACAACACGGCUUUAACAAUUUUGGCUUUACAAGAUGCACCGGAAGCGAAUAAUUAUUGGAAUAAAUCUGCCGCUAUCGGUUAUAUCGAAAGCAAACAAGACCCCGAUGGGGCUUUCACCGAUCCGGGAUUAACGGCGGAAGUUAUUUUGGCGUUAUCUUCAAAGGGGUUAAGCGCCAUUCGAGGAUUUGAUUGUGGAAAAAUCGAUCAAGAAGAUGAGAAUCAUGUGGAAUAUGAUGGUUUAACGAAAAAUCAACAAUACCACGGAAAUGAUUCCGAUGCGAGGAAUGUAACCAUAACUUACACGCUUUGGGUUGGUACGAAUAUCACGGAGAAUUACACGAUUUCUUUGGUGGCCCCCAGAAACUCAUCGUUUUACUCGGUGAUGCAAAUGGCGAUGGAGGCCGACCCCCGAUUUGCUUUCGAAGCGUCCGAGUGGCCAAACGGUCAUUAUGUGCACACUUUGGCUGGGUUUAAAGAGGAGCCAAUGGGGUACCAUUAUUGGUUGUUGUAUCGGUUACCCGAAGUACCUGACCCUUUAGUUCCCCCAGCUAAUCAUAUGGUUGCGCCAGUUGGAGUUGACGAUUUAUUGAUAGAGGAGGGUGAUCAUUUUCUGUUUUGGUACAAAAAGCUCUAAGUGAUUCUAAAUUAAAAUUAGCGAGGAGGAAAUUAAAACUAAAAAAAGGAACGAUAAAUACGGCACAACACUCUAUUUAGGUGUACGAGCGGAGUUAAAAAAAAAUAAAUCAGUAUUUGCUUAUCGUCUCUAAGUAUAUCAAGAAUAAUAAUAAAAAAAAAUCUAAAAAGAAAUACUCAUAUAAGAAAAAAUUAAGGAAUUAAAACAAAAAAAAACGUUUUGUAAUGUUCGAUGUGUUCAAAAAUUAAUCUAAAACCCAAAAAACAACUUUUUUAAAAACACACUUUGCCUCUUUCUAGUAUUAAAUCGCACACAACCGUAAAAAAUUAAAUCGCACCCUUUCUACUUUACGUUAACGUUAAAAACUUUUAAAAAAGCUGUUUUUAUUUUUACCCCUCUUAGUAUUUAAUCGAAAAAAUAUGUAAUAAACGUUUUUUGAAGGAUGUAAUAAUUAUUAAUUAAUUGAUAAAAAUAAUAAUUGUAAUAAUAAUACUAAUAAUAAUGUUUCUACGCGACAAUAUGUGUGUUUCGAAGGUUUCGAUGUAGCUUAGACUUAUAAUUUCAAAUGAAUUAAACCACAAAUAACAAAUCUAUGUGGGGAUUAAAAAUAAUGAAUCGCGCGAAAGGAAGUUGUUGAAAAUUGAUUAUUUUUGUUAAGAUUCGGCUUGGAUUUGGUACAAUAAAGUAUUAACAUAAA